AUGGAGAGCGAAAUGGGUUUGCGACCAGCAGGGCAUGUCAGAAGGCUGUCCCAGUCUAGCUCUCGCCACUCAUCCACUCGCGGAACUCCAUCGAAUCAGCUUGAGGACCCGUUGGAAGAAACGGACAAUUCUCCCCUCACAGUAGACGACAACGGUCAAUUAAGAUACUUCGGGUACUCUUCAUACAUGAGAAUGGUGUCUGUUCUUCCUCAAGCAAAAGCAAAAUCGCCUCAGAAACAAAGGGAUCCAUUUUCGCCGGGGGAUAACUCUAUCGAUAUCGAUGGAGAGGCAAUGGCCGAUAGCCCCCAAACUCAAAGUCACUUGAUUGGGUUGUUCUUCAAGUACCAGAAUGCCGCAAUACCAAUUCUCGACGAAGAGGCUUUCCGACAAGGAUAUUCUUCAGGGGAAAGAUCAGAUUACUUCUCACGGUUUCUGCUAUAUUCGCUGCUUCUCAGGUCAUUGAAUUUCGAUGAUGAUCUAGUCCACCGGGAAACACUGGCAACCAUCUAUACCCGCCGGGCAAAAGCUGAACUACUAUUUGAGAUGGAGAAUCCCACUCUUUCCACAAUCCCCGGCAUAGCGUACCGUCUUGUCUUUGAUUUUGGUUUACAUGAAGACUGCAAAAACCUGGUAGCUGCUGGGCUGCUCACUGAGGUUGAUCAACGGGUCCGACAGACGACACUUUACGGAUGUUACGUCCUUGACAAGCAAGGUCGACCGACCGCCAUUCGUCUAGACGACCUCAAUAUGACCCGAAUCUCCGCGAAAGGUUUGAGUACAAGCAACCAACUCGUGGCUACCUGGGUCGAGCUAGCAUCUCUACUAAAUGACGUACUAUCCGUGAUCAACGGUCCCCCGGAAAGAAUAUACCAAGACUCUUCUGUGAGCAAACUCUCCGAUGUGAGCCGGAAGCUGCUCGCCUGGUUCUUAAAUCUCGCGCCAGAGCUGCAAUGGGAUGCAAAUCGUUCAAUAUCACCGAGCGUCUGCGCUCUUCACCUCCAGUUUCUAUCUACAACUAUCCUCCUAAACCGUCCAUUUGCAACUUAUAUAUUCAACCGCGGCCCCAAAUCGGCGCCGAGGCGACGAUGCCUAGAAGGGCAGACAACUAAAGUUUCACAGCAAAUCUGCACGGCGAAUGCGAUCAGAGUGUCAAAAUUACUCCUGGCCUACAGGCAACACCAUGGUGCUUCUAAGAUUUUCUCUACCAUCAACCCUACCUGCCUUUCGGCUGCCGUGGCUCUGAUAUCGGAUAUUGUGAGUGCUGGGUCAGAUGAGGAUAAAGAGGCAGAAAAAACGUGGCUGUCUGCUAUUAUGGAGACAUUGGACGCGAUUAUACCCUGGUAUCCAGUUGCGGAACGAAGUCGCAACACGUUGGCCGCCAUUAUGAACACCUGUGGGCUGUCAGAUAUUGUCAAACAGCUUGCAACAAAGUCACGAAAUGUCCCAGUUGCAAUGCUGCCCAGUCAUCCAACAGAUCCAUCGGGGACCGACUGGAACACCGAUGCGGAUUUUGCAUUUGACCUCGAAUUUCCGUUCGAUUCAGUAUAUGACGUUCACAACAUCAGCCUCACAGGUUUCUAUGCGCAACCCUCACAGAUGAAUUUUGGGAACUGGGAGACUGAAGAUCCACUCUAUGGACUCAACCUAUAA